CCCCGUUCCAUAUUGUCCCUAUCAAUCUGAGUGUAUUUUGUCAACACUGCUCAUUCUUUAGAAUUGAUUCAUCAUUUUCUUUGAAGACAUCAAUAAGGGAUGGCGACUGAAACAAGCUGCGUCUGUGACGUAUGUCACGUCCGUCAUAUUAGAUCUACUGUAAGAGAAUAUUGUCCACAGUGUGACCAAAACCUUUGUGGCGAUUGCUCAGAACAUCAUCGAAUAGCUAAAGCCUCUAAAACUCACGAGACCAUAACUUUUGAACAGUACAAAACAUCACCUUCCUUCGUUCAGAACAUAAAUCAUCGAUGUGACAAACAUGAGUAUCCUUUAGAAUUUCAUUGCCAAUCACAUAAUAGUCUGGCUUGUAAGAGAUGCAUUGUUAUGGAGCAUAAAAAAUGCGAUGAUGUUGUUUUAUUGGAUGAUGUUUCAAGCGGAUUUAAUUCGUCAACUGCUUUAGAGAAGUUGGAAAAAUCACUGCUUGAUGUAAAAUCAGUCAUCACAACAGCUAUAUCAAAAAGCAAAGACAAUCUGAAAAUGUUACCCACUAAUGAGGACGACGUCGUUGAGAAGAUCAAGGAUAUGAGAAAGAACAUUAAUGACCAUUUUGAUAAGUUGGAACAGGAUCUCAUACUAAAAGCAUCACAAUCGAAAGUUAAGGCAAAAAGGUGUAUAUCACGAGUCAUGCGAGAUUUGGAAACUGAAAAUAAACAAGUAAAUGAGAUAUUCAAAAACAUCGAAGUUUUAAAGGAAUGCGCUUCAAGCAGGCAAUCGUUCAUUGGAACCCGAAAUCUAGAACAAUCUUUACAACAACUAAGAAUACAGUUACAGAGUAUGUACGAAAAAGGCGAUUUUCAUGAUGUCAAAAUCUGCUGCGAGUUUGAAGAUUCGUUGGUCAAUAAAGAAGCAAUUAAAUCUAUAGGUUGUGUAUUACCAAGGAAAGUCAACGUUGGUUUCACUUUGAAGACGAUAGCUGAUAAAGCUGGACAGACAAUGGACAUCUUUAAAAUUGAUGGCGUAAUGGUUGAACAACUUGAGAGGAUAAGAGUUUAUGGAACUGAAAUUACAGCAUGUAUGAUGAUGAAAGAAAAUAUAACCUUAUUUUUGAAUAGAGAAUUGGAUCGCCAUUCAAAGGUUUUAAAGUUUAUAUCAGGAAACUUUGAAGGAGAUAUAAAUCUAUUCCCUGCAUCUGUUUUUGAUAUUGCUUAUUUGGACGAAAAACGAGUAUUGGUUACAACCGGAGACAGCAGUUAG